UGCCCCUGCGCCUUAUCAGAUGCACUUGCGCCACUGCCACACCGGGGGAACGAGAGCUCGCCUCUGUGACUCGUGGAAAAUGAAUGGCUACGGCUCGCCCUACCUCUACAUGGGGGGCCCGGUGUCGCAGCCCCGCGCGCCCCUUCAGAGGACGCCCAAGUGCGCUCGCUGCCGCAACCACGGCGUGCUCUCCUGGCUCAAGGGACACAAGCGCUACUGCCGCUUCAAGGACUGUACCUGCGAGAAAUGCAUCCUGAUCAUCGAGAGGCAGCGAGUGAUGGCGGCGCAGGUGGCCCUCCGCAGGCAGCAGGCGAACGAGAGUUUGGAAAGCCUCAUCCCGGAGUCUCUGCGCGUGCUGCCUGGCAUGGCCGUGGCCGGAGGAGGAGGAGAGGGUAACCAGGGUGCUACCGCGCGCACCGGAGAAAUAGACCUCAGGUGGGGCAGCGACCCGGGGGCAACACAUCCACCUAAAGACCUGAGUGACGACAUGUCAGGGGAUCAGUCGGCAGGGGAGAACGGCAGCACCGCCAGCGACAAGGAGCAGGACCGCGCCAGCUCCCCGGACGAGCCCAAAUCCGGCUCCUGCUACAGCCCAGACCCGCCCGAGUCCGCCCCGCAGCCCGAGGAGAGGAGCCCUUACUCCCUGCAGAAGCUGGGCAGCGGCGAGCCGGCCGAGCCCAGCAAGGCGGACAGGGACAGGGACAGCCCCCGCUACGGCACAGGGGCCGGCGGUACUGCUGCCGAGCAGAGCCUGCUGAUCGAGGGCCUGUCGGGCUCCGUGUCCCUGCCCUUCAACCUGCGCGCCAACCGGCCCCCGCUGGAGGUGCUGAAGAAGAUCUUCCCGGCCCACAAGCCGGCCGUGCUGGAGCUGAUCCUCAAGGGCUGCGGAGGCGACCUGGUGGGGGCCAUCGAGGUGCUGCUGUCCAGCCGCUCCGCGCUCAAGCCGGACAAGGCCCAUAGCCAGGCCGAGUCCCCUUCUCCCGGGGGAGGAGGAGAGGGGCCCCUGGUGCUGCCGUCUGGAGGGCCGCUGUUUGAGCACGCGCUGGGGCCCUACUCCUUCUCCUCCUCCUCUGCUGCGGCCGCCGCCGCUGCUGCCGCCGCUGUCUCCUCGGCCUCCUCCUCCUCCAAGUGGUCGGUGGGCUCGGCGUUCCGCGUGCCCGACUCGCUGCGCUUCUCCUCGGAGUCGGCGGCGGCGGCUGCGGCGGCGGGGGUGAUGCCAGGCCACCUGGGGAUGACCCUGCAGCACCCCUUCCCCCACCACCAGGCGCCGCGCUACCCCCUCAUGCUGCGCAACUCGCUGACGGGCCGCGCCACCCAGGCCGCCGCCGCCGGCGGACCCUUCAUGCACAACGCGGACGUGACGCUGUGGAACACCAUGACGCUGCAGCAGCAGUACCAGCUGCGCUCGCAGUACAUCUCGCCCUUCGCCUCCGCCUCGCCUGCCACGGCCGCCGCCGCCGCCGGCCUCUUCCGCACCUCCCCCGUUCUCUCCUCCCCCUCGCCGUCCUCGCGGCCCUCCGACGAGGCGCACCGGCUGGCCUUGGCGGACGACGCCUGCCCCCCCAGCCUCCCCAAACAGACUCUCUACGCCGACGAGGACUAUGACGAGAGGUCCGACUCCUCGGACUCCAGAAUACUCAACUCCUCCACCUAGUUAGCGUGCACAUCCCCUCCCAGAAAAGGUAACACACUGAACUUGAAGAGCACCCUACCCCACCCAAUCCAAUCCUCCCAUCCAUCGUUCCUCCUCACCCAUCUCUGCUCUUCUUUGAGCCAAAGCUCCAGACUAGUAAAUGCAUAAAGGGUGUUGGUUGAAUCAUACACUAUCCUUCACCCCCAUACAAAAAGAGAAAAAAAACAAUCAACACCACGAAAUGAAUAUGACCAAAAAGUGAAUGAUAUGGAUUGUAUUUGUUUGUUCAAAUCUAUAUCUCUGGCAGUGCAUGUGAA